AUGUCUGAACCAAUCAAAAAGAAAAACGGAGAUAUUUCAAAAGCUCCAACUCCACAAAAUACUCCAUCAAGUGUUACUAAUUCAUAUAUGAAAUCAAAGCCACCAACAGUUUCAACAAUUGAAGAAAUUAAUGAAGAUCAAAAGGAAACAUUAGCUAAUAAUCCUGUUUUGUUAGGUAUGAUUGAAGAUAAAUUAGGAGAUUUAAUUGGUAAACAAUCAGGAUAUAUUGAAAACUUGCCAAAAGCUGUUAAAAAUAGAGUUUAUGGAUUAAAAUCUUUACAAAGAUCACAAAUGAAAUUAGAAGCUGAAUUUCAAAAAGAAUUAUUGGAAUUGGAAAAAAAAUUCUUUGAUAAAUAUCAACCAUUAUAUGAAAAGAGAAUGAAAAUUGUUAAUGGUGAAUUAGAACCAACUGCUGAAGAAAUUGAAGAAGGUGAACAAUUAGAAAAGGAAGAUCAAGAUGAAGAAGAUGAACAACCAGAAGAUGAAGAAGAAGAAGAGGAAGAAGAAGAUAAUGAUGAAGUUGGUAUUCCAGGAUUUUGGUUGACUGCUUUGGAAAACUUAACUACUGUUCAAGAAACUAUUACUGAUAGAGAUCUGGAAGUUUUACAAUCUUUGAUUGAUAUAAGAAUGAAAUAUUUAGACACUCCAGGAUUUCAAUUAAUUUUUGAAUUUAAAGAUAAUGAAUUUUUCAAUAAUAAAAUAUUAACUAAAACUUAUCAUUAUCAAGCUGAAUUGGGUUAUAGUGGUGAUUUCGUUUAUGAUCAUGCUGAUGGUUGUGAAAUUGAAUGGAAACUGAAAGAAAAUAAUGUUACUAUAAAUAUUGAAAGAAGAAAACAAAGAAAUAAAACCACUAAACAAAUAAGAACUAUUGAAAAAUUGACUCCAACUGAAUCAUUCUUUAAUUUUUUUGAUCCUCCAAAACCUCCAAAGGUUAAUGAUGACGAAGAUGGUGAACAUGAACACGAUGAAGAUGAAGAAGAAGAUGAAGAAGAAAUUGACGAAGAAUUGGAAGGUAGAUUAGAAUUGGAUUAUCAAUUGGGUGAAGAAAUUAAAGAUAGAUUAAUUCCAAGAGCAAUUGAUUGGUUUACUGGAGAUGCUGUUGAUUUUGCUUAUCCUGAUGAAUUCGAAGGUGAUGAAGAUGAAGAAUUCACUGAUGAAGAAGACGAUGAUGAAGACGAUGAAGAUGACGAUGAAGAAAAUCAACAAGGAGGCAAAACACAACCACCAGAAUGUAAGCAACAAUAA